UUAACCACUUCCCGUCUGGCCCAUGUAUAUAAACGGCCAGACAGGAGCAGUGCAGGAGUGGGUGGCCGUUUAUAAACGGCCUCCCCGCUGCCUGCUUGUGCGCACACUCUGGGAGUGCGCAGCACCGCGAUCCGGUGCCCACUGUGUCCUCCAGACACAGUGGAACACUGAUCGUUGUAUAGGACCGCCGUAUGAGGCCCCAAUCACGUGAUCACUGACUGGCCAAUCAGUGAUCACAUGAAGAGUAGUAUGCAAGAUGUCACUUCUGACAUCAUUACUUACUACGUGUGAAAUCUGUGAAUGAUCACAGAGGUCACAUGGUACAAGGCUGUUGUGAAUAGCCUUGUACCAUGUGACCUCUGUGAUCAUUCACAGAUUUCACACGUA